CAAUCUUUGUCUUCUUCCUCCUCCAUGUCCGAGUCCUCGUCAUCAGAGACCAUCUCAAUUUCAUCAGCGCUGUCCUUCUUUCUAAUUGUCUCCCCUGUGAGAGCUUGGCUAUAAGAAAUUGCUCCGCCGCCCCUCUUGUCGGCGUUUGGGUCCAAACCCUCGCCAUCAACACUCGUGUUCUGAUUAAAAGGUGGCAGAUCCUCCAUAUUUUUCGAUUUCUUGGUACUCCUCUCCAAUAGAUCUUGAUCUUCAGCCGUGCGCAGAGCGGUGGCCGCGGCGUUUAGGGAUUCCGGCGUGAGGUUGUUCGAGCCCAUCUCAAUAUAGCCUUAGUUACAAUAUAGUCUCAACAUUUGAUCCUGGCCUAGCCUCCUUUCUCCGUUUCAGCUCGUCCAUUCUCUCAGUUUAGACUGUUUUCUCUGUCAUUUACGCCCGUGUUUCAGUCAUUUCUAGGGUUCUUCGCCCCUGGAUAGUACCAGGACCCUUGUGCCCCGGCCCUCGAUCAUACUCCAUUUUCAACCAAAUCUAUAAUAUUUAAAGCAGACAAAGUUGGGUGAUGGUUGGAUUCAUUUGCGUUAUUCUAACAGUUUUUUGAAUUUAUGCCGGGUGCCCGGGUGUGAUGAGAAAUACGAAUUUGUUGCUUUGAUGCGGUAGUAAUCAAAGGAGCGAGUCGAAGAAGAAUGGCAGGGCAGAAUCCAAGUACGGAGCAAUUUGAAGUCUACUUCCAGAGAGCAGAUCUGGAUCGGGAUGGUAGGAUCAGUGGAGCUGAAGCUGUUGCUUUUCUCCAAGGCUCCAAUCUACCGAAACAGGUUCUAGCUCAGGUAUGGAUGCAUGCUGAUCAGAGCCAUAGUGGCUUUCUGAGUCGUGGGGAGUUUUAUAAUGCUCUGAAAUUAGUGACAGUGGCACAAAGCAAGCGAGACUUAACACCAGACAUAGUCAAGGCGGCAUUGUAUGGUCCUGCUUCAUCUAAAAUUCCAGCUCCACAAAUAAAUGUUGCAGCUAUACCUGCACCACAAUCAAAUUCUGUUGGUGCUGCACCUACACCUCAUUCAACUUCUGCUGGUGCUACAUCUGUUCAACAUAUGAGAAUGGUUGGACCUCAGAUGGGUCCUGUUACGCCGACUGCCUCUCAACACUUUGGGUUUAGAGGGCAGGCACCACAUAAUCAGCAGUACCUCCUAUCUCACGGUAGCCAUCCAAUGAGACCUCAUCUCACUGCAACUUCCGCUGGUAUGCUGCAACCUCAGCAUGGUGUUGCCACUGUAGAUUUCCCCAAGGGUGGCGGUGCAGUCACUUCUGCCCCUGUUACCCCGCAUGGUGUUUCUUCUGGGAUCACAAGGGAAUCACCUACACCUACACCUGAUAGAGGGAUUAGUCCACCAACAACUGCUCUAGUUGCAUCAAGAUCCCUGGACUCACUGUCAGCUUCUAUNGCAUGCUUCAGACUCAAUGUUCGGAGGAGAAACCUUUUCCGCAUCUAAAAAUCUACAGAGGCAGGGGUCUGAUCCUACCAUUUCAGCAAGUAGUGUACCUCCUUCCACUACCCUGGCCCAUGUUACUCCCAGGUCAAUGUCUUCUGGUAAGGCUGACCCUUUUGAGGAAUUGCAAAGAACUCUUACGAGGCCAUCUACUGGCAGUCCGCAACAGUUAAUUCAAACAACAAAGGACAGCCAACAACUUCCUGCCCAAACAGUAGCACCACUUCCAUCGCCUGUAAUUUCAGCAGGCACAUUGAAUUCUACUAUAGAACAGAUACAUGCUUCUUGGCCAAAAAUGACUCCGGCUGGUGUUAAGAAGUAUGCAAAAGUGUUCAUGGAAGUGGACACUGACAGAGAUGGAAGAAUCACAGGAGAACAGGCACGGAAUUUGUUUUUGAGCUGGAGGUUGCCAAGAGAGGUCUUAAAGCAGGUCUGGGAUUUGGCUGAUCAAGAUAAUGAUAGCAUGCUAUCUUUGAUGGAGUUUUGCAUUGCUCUCUAUUUAAUGGAGCGAUACAGGGAAGGCCGUUCUAUCCCAUCAGCACUUCCAAAUAGUGUAUUGCGUGAUGAGACUCUGAUAUCCUUGGCUGGUCCUACAUCUCUAUCUCAUGGAACUGCUGGCUGGGGUGAAACACCUGGUUUGAGGCCUCAUCAAGUGUUGCCUGGUUCACAGCCUCACAUGCAUACUGGUCUAAGUCCUCAGAAGCAGGAUGUGGCUCCUCAACCUCACGGAUCAUCACAAUUCAAUAAGCGAAACGUAAAAUCUUUAUCCAUGCCGAACAAUAUUCCAAAUCAGUUAACUAGUGGGGAGCAGAACUCAUUUGAGUCAAAAGGGGGAGUGGAAGAAGAUAUGAAGGUUGGGGAUAAGGAGAAGGCGAUUUUGGAUUCCAGAGAUAAACUCGAAUACUAUAGGACAAAAAUGCAGGACCUUGUUCUCUACAAGAGUAGAUGUGAUAACCGGCUCAAUGAGAUAAUGGAAAGAGCUUUAGCUGAUACACGAGAGGCUGAGUUGCUCCAAAAGAAAUAUGAAGAGAAGUACAAGCAAGUUGCAGAAGUUGCUUCUAAAUUAACAAUCGAAGAGGCUUCUUUUCGUCACAUCCAGGAGCGGAAGCUUGAAUUACAACAUGCGAUCAUGAAGAUGGAAGAAGGUGGCAGUGCAGAUGGUAUUCUUCAGGUUCGUGCUGAUCGCAUUCAAUCUGAUCUUGAGGAGCUUUUGAAGGCUUUGAUGGAAUUUUCCAAGCAACACAAUGUAGCUAUGAAGUCCUCUGCAAUAAUUGAACUCCCCCAUGGUUGGGAGCCGGGUAUUGCAGAAAUAUCUGCUGUUUGGGAUGAAGAUUGGGACAAAUUUGAAGAUGAAGGAGUUACUUUUGAUAUUGCUGUGCCUGCAAAUACCAAAUCAACAUUGCAUCCCAUCCCCAUAAAUGAUGGGACUAAAAGCCCCCCGGGGGGUAGCCCUGAGUUUCAAAGACCAUUUCAAAGCAUCUCCGAGGAUCUCUCUGAUGAUCAUAUUCGAAAGAGUUUUGAAAAAGAUGCUGAAACUAAUCGAAGCUUCGAAGAAUCUGCUUUAGAUAACUUUGGCAAUCAUGAUGAUGUAGAUCCAGUUUGGGGCUUCAGUGAGAAGGACUCUGAUCAUGAUAAUCAUGGGGAAAACUAUUUCUUUGGAUCUGGGGGUUUUGGUGAAAGUCCAUUGAGAUCGGAAUCCCCAGCUGUAGGGAAGAAUAGCCUGUUCACCUUUGAGGAUUCUGUUCCUGGGUCUCCACUCUCUAGAGCUGGAAAUUCACCAAGAUACAGUGUUGGGUCAGGGGAUCCCUUUGAAACUUUCUCCAGGACUGAUUCCUUCUCUACUCAUCAUGAUCAUAGCUCUUCUCCUAGGAGAGGAACUCUCACACGAUUCGAUUCCAUCAACAGCAGUGUUGGCAAUGAUCGCAAUCCAGGUUUCUCUUAUGAUGAUUCCGACCCCUUUGGGUCUAGCAGUGCAUUUAAGGUCUCAACAGCAAGUCAAACCCCUAAAAAAAGUUCUGAAAAUUGGAAUGCUUUCUAGUUUGUAAAACCUUGGGGUCUACACAAACCAAGUUCUACACGCAUUCCACCAUAUAUGUUGCUGAUACCUGUUUGAUUUCUCCGCCGCAGCAUACAUUCAAUUUAAACAUUCAGAUGAGACUAAUAGUGUGAUAACUGUUAGUGGAGAGCAUGUAAUGUCAUGCCAUAUAAUUUUUUUGGCUUUCCCCUUCUCGGGAACAUGUUUUGCUUACAUGUUCGUGUGGCAUAGACUUGUUACGGAAUGCCUGAAACAGAUUGUAUGUCCUGCAUAUUUUAAGUGUAUCUAAAAUGUCUUUGUAUUCAGAAUAUUUUCGUGCUACCGGAAAGUUCUUGUGCUAUUCUAAAAUGAACAGGUUAUGUUUUG